AUGGCAGUUCCAACAGUUCAACUUGUUGUGAUCUCUUUGUUGAUGACUGAGUUUGGAAUCGCCGCAGGAGAUGUGCAUAUUGUUCAUAGAGUUAGAAAAUGCAUUGGGAAAGAUUAUUCAAUGGUAUGCAUCAAGGAAGAGCUUUUGGAUAUCUUGAAUCAAACGGUAAUGAGUCAUGAGUCGUUCCGGCUAGGAAAUUGGAUGGAAAUCGAGAGGGAUCCCGAAUAUGUUGCUAAUCAUAUUGACGAAGAUUUACCAACCAAUAUGGAAAAAAGGGAUGAAAAAUUGACAGAAUUACUUUACAGAAAAGCCGAAGAGUACUUUGAAUCAAGAUCUCUUAGACUUCACCUCGCAGAUGUUAUUGAAGGUCGAAAAAAGAAAGGAGGAGGUGGAGGAGGUAAGAUGGCUUUGGUGGCAAUGGCAGCCACCAUGAUGGCACAAGGCAUGAUGACUGGAAAAACAGCAAUGGUGGCGGUAAUUGCUUUGGUCUUAGCAAAAAUGGCAAUGAUGAUGUGCGGUGUAACCAUGAUGAAGAAGAUGAUGUCAGGGGGAGAAACGCAACAUAUAGUUUAUACUGCCGAUCUCGGGGGUGGUGGAGGUGGUGGUGGAUACGGUUCUGGUGGAGGAUGGGGAAGAAGCUUGCUGAUUCCAUCAAACCAUGAAAUUGUUUAUAGAGCCCAUACGCCAUCGAGUUUACAAGAAAAUCAGUAUCCAAUAAUUACACCUUAA